UCUGGGAGGUACUCGUGUUGCCUACUUGGAAGAUAAAGGCGUGACAAAGUUUGGAAUGAGUGUUGGGAACUCGUGUUUUUAAGUCUGCAGUGAAUCCUGUUCACCACCCUAACAGGAAAAGGGAAAGCCUACUGGUCCGGAAUUUUUUCAGAACACGAUAGAUAUUUUAUAUGGGGGUAUUUGAACUGUUUUACUUUCAAGUCGUCUCUUGAAACGUCACUUCCGCUUAGAGGCGGACACAUUGCAAACCUGUGGCGGGAGUUGGAGAUUCUGCUGCGAAUACACAAGGAUCAUCAUGCUUAAACUUCAUAACAUACAAAAGUCUCUUUCACCUCAAACUUCUUGUUCAACAAGUGAAUCUGAUAAACAUCUAGAUUACUUACCUGAGAAACUAAGAGCAAAGCUACUUCCGUUCCAGAAAGAGGGUAUCAUUUUUGCUCUCAGAAGAGAUGGCAGGUGUAUGGUGGCUGAUGAAAUGGGACUAGGAAAGACAAUCCAAGCAAUUGCAAUUGCUUAUUUCUAUAAAGAGGAAUGGCCUCUUUUAAUAGUUGUCCCUUCAUCGCUGAAGUACCCUUGGACGGAAGAAAUAGAGAAAUGGAUCCCAGAGCUAGAGCCUGAAGAAAUCAAUGUUAUUCAAAAUAAAAUUGAUGUUGGGAGAAUAUCGACCAGCAAAGUGACAGUUCUGGGCUAUGGUCUUUUAACCACUGGUGCAGAAACUUUGAUAAGUACUGUGAGCAACCAGAACUUCAAAGUAGUUAUUGUGGAUGAAUCACACUACAUGAAGUCUAGAACUGCAACACGCAGCAAGAUUUUAUUGCCAAUAGUACAGAAAGCCAGACGAGCUGUUCUUCUUACAGGAACUCCAGCUUUGGGAAGACCUGAAGAGCUAUUCAUGCAGAUAGAAGCUCUUUUUCCACAAAAAUUUGGAACGUGGACUGACUAUUCAAAAAGAUACUGUAACGCACAUGUCAGGUAUUUUGGUAAAAGAGCUCAGUGGGAUUGUAGAGGGGCAUCAAAUCUUAAUGAACUUCACCAGCUAUUAAGUGACAUAAUGAUUAGAAGAUUAAAGACUGAAGUUUUAACCCAGCUACCUCCUAAAAUUAGACAGCGUAUUCCAUUUGAUCUUCUACCAGCAGCAGCCAAGGAAUUGAAUACUAGCUUUGAAGAAUGGGAAAAAUUGAUGAGAGCUCCAAAUCCAGGUGGCACAGAGACUGUUAUGGGGUUGAUUACUCGCAUAUUUAAACAAACAGCGAUUGCUAAGGCAGGUGCAGUAAAGGAUUAUAUUAAGAUGAUGCUUCAGAAUGACUCACUUAAAUUUCUGGUGUUUGCUCACCACUUAAGCAUGCUUCAAGCUUGCACAGAAGCUGUAAUUGAAAGCAAGACUCGUUAUGUUAGGAUAGAUGGAAGUGUUCCAUCUUCAGAAAGGAUACAUCUGGUUAAUCAGUUUCAAAAGGAUCCUGACACUCGUGUGGCUAUCUUAAGCAUUCAGGCGGCUGGCCAGGCUCAGGUCACAGGGAGCACACUUAAUGGUAGGAAGGAACAACUUCAGGCUGAAGAAGGUGAUAAGGAAAAGUGGGAUUUCCUGCAGUUUGCUGAAGCAUGGACUCCAAAUGACAGUCCUGAAGAGCUCAGGAAAGAAGUUUUAUUCUCUCAUUUUGAAAAAGAAAAACAGCAUGAUAUUCGGUCAUUCUUUUUACCAAAAUCUAAAAAAGGACAGUUGGAGACCUCCUGUGAAGAAUCAAGGAUGUUCCAAGAGAAACACAGCAGAGUGGCAUUGAACCCUAGAAAAACAGAUUCAAGAGAUAUUGAUUAUGAAAGUGAUUUUGAACCUGAAGCUAAAAGACUGAAAUCAAUCACCAUCAAUGCCUGUAGCAACUUCCUAGAUAAAAAACCAUCUUGGGCCAAACAAACCAAAGCUGUGAUUGUGGAAGGUAUCCAUGAGGCCCAGUCUCCAUCAGCCACCCCACUGGUUCCUGAGAAGGGCUGGCAGUGUAAUUUCUGCACCUAUAUCAAUAAUUCAGCACUACCGUUUUGUGAAAUGUGUGAGAAUCCUCAAAGCAGUGCUGAUAGCCCCAACCAUGUCCAGGCUAUGAACAAAAAUGAAGAUGAGUCUCAGAAAAACACCUCCAAAAAAUUUCAAGUUAGCUCAGACUGUGAAAAACAAGUCCUUGCACAACCGGAACCUGACCAGUUGGCUGAGAACAAGGGAGAAUUGUCAGAAGAGGAGAGGGAGGACAGAUUCACAUCCCAGCCGUGUGAUGAAAGACUGAACAAUUCAGACAUUCUGCCACUAUAUGAUAGCUUAAUGUUUUGUGCAAGUAAGAACACUGAUCGGAUUCAUCUCUAUGAUAAGGAUGGAAAACAGAUGAACUAUAAUUUCAUUCCUUUGGAUAUAAAAUUAGACCUUUGGGAAGACUUACCAGCAAGCUUUCAACUAAAACAAAAUCGCUCUCUGAUUUUGAGAUUUGUUCGAGAAUGGAAUAGCCUAACUGCCAUGAAGCAGAGGAUAAUCAGGAAAAGUGGGCAGCUGUUCUGUAGUCCAGUUCUUGCUCUGGAAGAGAUCACAAAGCAACAAGCCAAACAAAGUACCAAAAGAUACAUAACCAAAGAAGAUGUUGCUGUAGCUACAGUGGACAAGGUAAAGAAAGAUGGCGGCCACAUCCGUCUGAUCACAAAGGAAUCCAGGCCUGAGGACCCUUCCCUAAUACACUCUCUUGAAGAUGGAGCCUGUAAGCCAUUGCUAAAUUCCUACACAGCCCACACUGAUCUCAUGGUGAAGUCCUCUACGUCCAAAGGCUACUUGCAAGCUGUGGAUAAUGAUGGAAAUCCACUUUGCCUUCACUGCCAGCAUCCCACUGGCCAAACUAAGGGAGAGUGUACAACAAAUGCGUGGGAUUCACGGCUUUGCUCUCUAAAAUGUCAAGAGGCAUUUUGGAUUCGAUCUAAUAACAGUUACCUGCGAGCCAGAGUAUUUGAAAUUGAACAUGGUGUGUGUCAGCUAUGUAACAUAAAUGCACAAGAACUCUUUUUGCGUCUGAGAGAUGCACCUAAAAGCCAGAGGAAGAGUUUUUUGGAUGCUACCUGGACCUCAAAACUCUCAUUAGAACAGCUAAAUGAAAUUAUAAGAAAUCCAGGGGAAGGACAUUUCUGGCAAGUGGAUCACAUUAAGCCAGUAUUCGAGGGAGGAGGACAGUGCUCGCUGGACAACCUACAGACUCUCUGUACAGUCUGUCACAAAGAGAGAACUGCCAGACAAGCCAAGGAAAGAAGCCAAGUGAGAAGACUAUCUGUAGCAUCAAAGCAUGGAUCUGACAUAACACGAUUUUUGGUGAAGAAGUAAGGUAGAAAAAUAUGUAAGUGAAUGACAGAUCAUUUACAUAUGGCAGAAUUUAACCCCUCCUAUUUUUUUUAUACCUAAUAUUGUAAGAGUGAAAUUAUCAAACAAAAACAUCAGCCAGUAAUUUAAACUUUGGUUUUGUUCUAAGUACUUUUAUUGUUAAAUAAUUUUUGCAAGUAUUUGGCUGGAAGUGAGAUAAAACACUAAAUAUUUUUAUGGUCUUAUUGCUUCAUGAAAACUUUCAAUUAUGUUUCAGCAAGAUUUUAUUGAGCUUUCUUUUUCCAUAAUAUUCCUUAAUCACUGUACUAUGCAUAGUGUUUGAAAAAUGUGCACUUAAUUACCUGAAAAAUGCUUUUAGAUUAGUAUUGGUUUGGGACUGUUGUAGAUAUAAAUGGAACAUUACAAAACGGUAAGGGAAAUUUUGGAGGCAAAUCAUUAUUUAGAACUCUGGGCCAGCUUGAUCAACUUGCUUACUAUGCAAGAGAGACUUAUUCACUAAACACUUCCAAAAUAGGUUUGGGCUACAUAUUUUGGAUAUUACCUUUCUUGCUUUAUUCCUCAGCCAAUGAUCUGUAUUGAAAAGAAGCUUUUUAAAGUAUGUUAAUUGUACCUGUGGUGUUUGUGGAAAAUGUGGUGUUCUGGGUAAUUGUUAAAA